AUGUGUCCGUACUCGAGCUUCAACAGAGCUCACCACUACAUACUCACCGUCAUCGAUGUGUUGAGCAAGUACCGUACUGCUCAAGAGAGUUACAACGUCGAUGUGCAGAAAAUCUUGAAAAAAUAUGACGUUAAUGACUAUUCCACGUAUUCGACGUUGAAAGCGUCGGUAGUCGAGCGGUUUAAUCGCACACUCAAAAACGACAUGUGGAAGAUGUUUACACUCAUCGGCAAUUACAAGUGGAUCGACAAGAUACGUCUGGUAUCAGGUUACAACGCGUGCAAGCAUCGUACUAUCGGCAUGCGGCCCGCCGUCGUAACUCUCGCGAUCGCCGAAAGAUUCUUGGACACGGUGUACAGCAUGAUAAAAAUCGCUGGUCCGGCAAAAUUCAAAGUGGGCGAUUCGAUACACGUGAGCAAGUACAAGACGAUUUUUGAAAAAGGUUGA